AUGGACGGCAGUGGUCCAGCACCCGCUUAUGAAAGCCCCAAUGCCCACCUCUACCAGCCUCUGUCCAGUCCGGAUUCCAUACGUAUUCUCACUUUAUUCGAGAGCGACAGCGAGGACGAUGACCUCGAGUUCUAUCUUACCGAACAUCGCCUCUCUGAUUUCAAAGGAAAUCCUGAACGGUAUACAGCCUUGUCGUACGCAUGGGGCGACCCCAAGCUCUCUCAUGAAAUCUGGCUGGGCGACGAACGGUUUCUAGUCAGCGCCAACUUGGAAUCCGCCCUUCGCCACCUCCGCCGCCGAGACAGCCCUGUUCGCCUCUGGGUGGAUGCAGUGUGCAUCAACCAGGCUGAUGUCGUCGAAAAGAAUUCACAGGUCCAGCAGAUGCGCAAUAUCUUCUCAGCCGCAACUGAUACCAUCGCAUGGCUCGGACCAGCAGAGGGCAACACAGCCCUCUCUGCCUGGAACUUCUUGGAGAGGCACAGCGAAUGGGCUCUCAACGGCGACCGCGAGAUAGAUUAUACGAUUCCAGCAAAGCUUGAAACGGAUUUACUUUCAUUUCGCGGGGAGUUCCGGGACCUUGAGAUCGACGUACUAUCUCGGCCGUGGUUCAGGAGGCUUUGGGUGUUCCAAGAAGCAGUGCUCUCACGUCACUUGCUAGUACAGUGUGGCUAUCGACGGAUCACCUGGGAUGACUUCAGCAGGACGGUAUUGCAGUCCCAUAGGCGUGACGAUCGCUAUGGCUUCAGCAUUCAGAAUGAUGGUAGAAGAGAUAUCGUCCAGGCGAUAACUCGAGCGCGGCGAGAAUACCUUCAACUUCAUGGAGCAACUCACCACCCAGAAUUACCUCAAUCCCCAGAGGCAUCUCGGGCUGUUUCUCCGUCAGGCAUGUUAAACAUCUUGAGGUUGCUCCACAUGGGGAGGUACCUCCAAGCCUCGGAUGCAAGGGACAAGAUUUUUGGACUUCUGGGAAUAGCGGAAGGGAUUGACACUACCGAUGCAAGAUUCCGCGUGGACUAUAGUCUGUCUCCGCGCAGAUUACACGAACAGUUUGCGAAGAAUUUGAUCGCGACGACCAAUUCGCUAGAAAUCCUGUCCUAUGUCGAUUUUACAGUUCGGACUGGAGGUCUUGGCCCCAGUGCGACGGUUGAAACGCCGUCUUGGGUACCAUGCUGGGACUACGACAGCCCAUUCAUCAGCAAUGGUGGGCAUGACCGCAGUAGCCUGACCGUACUGGAUACACUUCCAACAGAAUCGACUGAUGAGAACGACGCCCGGAAAAUCAGAGUGGCAAACAGCAAAAUUAUCUGGUCUAAUUGCGGAUCCCAGUCCGCCGUCGCGGAUACAAUGGAGGUAUCUGGACGGGUAGUGGGACACAUCGGAGCUCUUACCGGAACGAUCAGGAUGAAUGGAUAUGCCCAAACGUUGUUCAACACCCUGUUGGAUGACGUUGAAGACGAGGACGAGAGGUUCACCUUGUCUAUGGCCCUCUGGGCCCGAAAGCUGACGUCGACGGGCGAUGACUCCAACUUCAGAGCAGAUAAGGAUUUUAUUGCUCGGACCAGAGCGGACGGUGUCCAAUGGCAAGAGCUGGAUCAUGUUGAUGAGGGCGACCCGAACUUAGCUUUCGUUCAAUCCCGAUUGAUUGAGCUCCGCGACGUCCGCCUUCACCUCAAACAGGCCGCAGUUGAAAAUUCCAGCCUCCCAGUUUACAGGCAUCUUUACCGACGAGGACAUUCCACCACAAGCUGGUCCGGUCAGAACCUUGAUACAGACGUUCGCAGGCCAAGUCCAAGUGUUAUAGACGCGGAAUCCAUUGUCGAUGGGAGACGGCUGGCAACUUGUGUUACGGACACUGUUUCGGACUCUGGGAGUUCUGGCGAUGGCGCCGGACAGCUUGCUUUAGUGCCUGCGUCCGCGAGGACAGGGGAUGUGAUCAUCCAAAUCAGCGGAGCGCGAGUCCCGUUUGUGGUCAGGAAGCUGUCAGAUGAGAGGUUGAGCAUUGAUAUUGGUACGGAUGGAGACGAAUUGUCCCCGGAACGUCUCAUCAAAGCGAUAAAAUCUCGGUCAUUCCCGUGGAAGCUCAUUGGAGAGUGCUUACUCAAUGACUUUGAAGAGCUCGCUGAAGACUUCAUGGACUCGAGGUUCCGACUCGUCUAA